AUGACGUCAAAGAUGAAGAUCGAGAUGGAGCAAGCCUUCAAUGAUUUGCUAGAAGAGGUCUAUUGGAGGGGAGACGUGCGUGUAACAGAGGUGGGAAAUGAUGAGAAAGUUGAUUGUGUGGUGUGCCAGAAACCGAUAUCAGCAGGUCCCGCUUUUAUAUGGGACAGCCUGUAUAGCAUCCUCUACUGUCACUUUUCAUGCCUCAAUGCACCCACCAAUUACAAAGCCCUUCUUUUACACUUCGGCCUUCGGCAUGAGCGCUUGAUCUUCACUGAAGAAGUGAAAAGUGAUGGCAAGGAGGACGUUCUUUGCUUGGGGUGCGAGAAGCCAGUUCUAGGUCCCGGAUACAAAUGCUCCACUUCCAAUUGCAAUUUACUCCUCCAUAAAUCAUGCGUUGAGCUGUCUCCCCAGAUACAACAACACCCAUUCCACCCAAACCACACCCUUGUUCUUGUGGAGCCAGAUAAAAAAUAUUGUAAUGUUUGCGGUAAAAACUGCAAUAGGUACCCCUUCUACCGUUGCAGUGAGUGCGAUUUCAAUCUUGAUAUCACAUGUGCCGCCACCCGCCCGCAAAUUAAUUAUAAUAUUGAUGACUGCCAACACGCUUUCAUCCCCUUCUUUCAAAAUAACCACUUCACUUGUAAAGCUUGUGGUGAGGAAGCCAAGGAGUACUCAGUCUCCUUAUGUAGCAUUUGUCAGCUCUUGAUUCAUGGAAAAUGUGCCCGAUUUCCACGCAUCAUCUCAAUUUCAAGACAUGAUCACUCUCUUGCUCUCACCUAUUCUCUUCAAGUCAAAGAGCACUUGGACAGCAACGUACUCUGUAGAUUUUGCUAUCGAAAGGUGAAGACAGAGUAUGCCGCUUAUUAUUGUCAGGAGUGUGAGUGUGGUUACGUGGCUCACUUAGACUGUGCAUUUGAAGAUGUAGAAAGUGAAAUUGUCAUGUUCUUGCCUAAGAAAUCCGUUGAUUUAGUGACUAAUGUUAUGGAGGUUGAAGGCGUUGGGCAAAUACGACAUUUUAGCCAUCAACAUGAUUUAAUUCUUGGCAAUGAAGAGCUCACAGAUAUUAAGUUUUGUGAUGGUUGUAUGGAAUUCAUCUCCACCCCGUUUUACAGUUGUAUGCACUGCAAGUUCUUUCUCCACAGUAGAUGUGCCCGACUACCAAGAAAGAAGCAACACAUACUUCACCAACACCACCUCACCCUUGUCUCAAGGGUACCUUACGAUAAUGGAUUGUUUUUGUGUGAUGCUUGUAAAAAUGAACGCGAUGGCUUCGCCUAUAGAUGUGACGUGUGUAGUUUCAACCUUGACCUUCAAUGUUGUUCAAUCUCAGAAACCCUGAAACAUGAAGGUCAUCAACACUCCCUCUUCCUUGCUGUUAAUUUUGAUAAAAGAUGUCAUGUUUGCAAUGCCACUGAUUCCAUGAAACCAGCUGGCAUGUUUGUAUGCACUAAUUGCGAUUUUGCCUUGGGUCUUGAAUGUGCAACUCUUCCACUCAUAGCUAGGCACAGAUAUGACGAUCAUCUCCUCAAGCUCACCUACAUUGCUGAAGAACAUUGUAAAGAAUUCUAUUGUUUAAUUUGCGAAGAAAAGAGAGAGCCAAAUCAAUGGUUUUAUUAUUGUGCAGAAUGCGACUUCCCUGCUCAUCCCGAAUGCGUUUUAGGAAUAUAUCUAUAA